AUGCUUUGGCUCCUUCUUAUUGCAGUGUUUUCUCUGAUUUCUGUAUAUCUGAUCUCCUCCCAUCGGCAAAACAUACGCUCGACUAAUGACGCACGGAAACGGGAGAUUCUGAGUGAGCUUGGCGUGCCAGACUCACGAAAGACCGUGGUGGGAUUCUUUCAUCCGUACUGCAAUGCGGGUGGAGGUGGAGAACGCGUUUUGUGGACUGCAGUAGCCAUCUUGCAACGCAACGAGCCAAACAUGAUCAGUAUUGUCUACAGCGGGGAUGUUGAUGCCACCAAGCAAGAAAUUAUUGACAAAGUCAAGGCACGAUUCGACAUCGACCUAUCCCCUCAGAGCCUGCACUUCGUGUUCUUGAAAUCACGAUAUCUUGUGGAAGAUUCAACAUGGCCACGAUUUACUCUGCUGGGGCAGAGUGUUGGCUCCAUGUUUCUUGCAUGGGAAGCAAUGGCGCAGCUCAUUCCGGACUUGUUCAUUGACACGAUGGGAUAUGCUUUCACAUUCCCUGUUGUCAAAUUCCUCGGCAACGUUCCCAUGGGCACCUACGUUCACUAUCCGACCAUAAGUACCGAUAUGCUAGCGAGAGUACGCUCUCGGAAGGCGUGGCAUACAAAUUCCAACGCGAUUUCUUCCUCAACAGUACUCAGUACCGGAAAGCUCCUGUACUAUCGAUUAUUUAUGUACUACUACGCAAAUUUCCUGAGGCAAGCUUCAUUCCUCAUGGUCAAUUCCUCAUGGACCAAGAACCACAUCGACUCCAUAUUGCAACACAACGAUUUCCUGUUGGACACAAUACAUUCGUGCACUCCUCUAGCUCUCUUUCGUUUACUCAUUUCCUCGCGUGGGGAAUCUUCCAAGUCUGCUCUGAUUGUAUAUCCUCCAUGUGAUACUCGUGAGAUGGCGAAGUUCCCGCUGGAGGGACGCAGACGGGUGGUCCUAAGCGUUGCUCAGUUCCGUCCUGAGAAGGAUCAUCCCGCGCAAUUACGAGCGUUCCAUCAGCUCUUGCAGUCUCAUCCGGAGUAUGGUCAUCCGGGUAACGCUCAUGUGCAGCUUGUCCUUUUAGGUGGUAGCCGCAAUGCGGAGGAUGCAGCUCGUGUGGAGAGUCUGCGGGUUCUGGCGAAGGAGCUUGCUAUUGAGGAGCAUGUCCAAUUUGUUGUGAACGCAUCGUAUGCUGAGAUGCUGCACUGGCUUUCCAUUGCUAGUAUUGGUCUCAGCACCAUGGUCGACGAGCACUUCGGGAUUAACGUCGUAGAGUUCAUGGCUGCUGGAGUGAUACCGGUAACACACGCAUCCGGCGGCCCACUUAACGACAUUGUUAUCCCUUUCGAGGGAAAACCUACAGGAUUUCAUGCUACAUCUCCGGACGCAUUUGCAGAAGCAUUGAAUACGGUCCUCACGAUGCCACCAGAGGAAGAUAUUGCUAUGAGGACACGCGCAAGAACAUGGGCAGUACAGCGCUUCUCGGAGGGAGAAUUUGAAAAGGGAUGGAAUGCAAGUGGCUGGAAGAAGUGGAUGCCUUCGUAA